UCCAAGCCUCUACGCCAGCUGUACCCGGAGGCUGGAGACACGUCCAUCGAGGAGAAAGUUGACAUAAUCGCCGUCCACGGCCUGAAUCCUCGGAACAAGAAAGAUGAAGCCCACGCCUGGGAUACAUGGCGCUCUGCUGACGGCCGCCUUUGGCUCCGUGAUGACCUCCCGAAGAUGCUCCCCGGUGCCCGGAUCUUUCUCUACCGCUACAACGCAGCAGCAGUCUACGGAAGUGACCAGGGCACGUUUUCUGACAAGGCGGACGAGUUGUUAGAGGCGGUCCGUAUCGAGAGGGAUGAUAUGCAAACCCGCCCGAUUCUAUUCUUGGGCCAUAGCCUGGGUGGUUUGUUGAUCAAGCAAGCGUUGAUCAACGCCCAUAACAACCCGAAAUACAAGUCGAUCAAAGAUGCUACGAGCGGUAUAAGCUUUUUUGCGACACCUCACAGGGGCGUAGACUUGAAUGUCUUGAGCCUGGGAGAGGUUUUGGCUAAGAUUGCCGACAAAGCGGGCUUCCGACAAGGAGACAACAUUCUAGAAGUCUUGAAGCAAGGAAGCAUGUUCUCAGACGUCUUACGAGAGCAUUGGAGACACCAAAUCCUCCAGUAUGAUAUCAUAUCGUUCUGGGGUGGUUCAGAUAAGAUUGUUCUGAAAGACAACUCACGACUAGGGAUGCCCGGCGACCGCGAGCACGUAGUAAGACUGGACGCCGGACAUGGAGGAGUGUGCAGGUUCGGCUCGGAGAUGACUGAUCAGGACAACCUGAACAUCGUCCUAUGCAAUGUCAAGGAUUUAUAUGUAAAGGCCAUGCAGAUUGGCCUCAAGACCGGACUGAAAAGCUCUGUGUCGAAGCAACCUCUCCACCUGUUGCCAUUUCUCGAAAACAAAAAGUUUGUGGGAAGAGAAUCAGCCCUUGAAGACAUCCGGCAUCUUUUCUUUGUGGAAGGUCGCACCCGAGUAGCACUGGAUGGGCUCGGAGGCAUCGGAAAGACACAGGUGGCAUUGCAGUUUGCCUAUUGGGUUAAGAAAAACAAGCCAGAGUACUCAAUAUUCUGGGUUCCAGCUCUCAGCCGUGCGAGUUUUGAUCAAGUAUAUGUUGAGAUAUUCGACAAACUUCAAGUUCGAGAGACAGAACCAGAUCAGGACAUCGGGGAUGCUGUACGAAUCCAUCUGACUUCUAAUGAAUCGGGGAAAUGGAUCAUGAUCGUCGACAAUGCCGAUGAUAAGUCUCUCAUAUAUGGUACUCCAGGGAGACCCGGUCUCAUAGAGUAUCUCCCUGUGAGGGAAGACGGACUGAUCCUUCUCACCACAAGAACACGGCAGAUUUCCACGUCAUUUGCGGGGUCUGAUGUUGUUGAAUUGGAGUGCAUGAAUGCGGCGGACUCCAAAGACAUUCUUGAGAAAUCCUUGAUAAGAAAAAAAAUCCUUCGGGACAAGGGGCUCGUUGCGGAACUCCUGGAAGAGCUGACCUACCUCCCGUUGGCCAUUGUUCAAGCCGCAGCGUAUUUCAAUAACAAUCGGCAAUUAUCUCUCAAGAGGUACCUGAGCCUAUUGAAAUCUGCGUGCAAGACCGAAAUGAGUGUGAUGAGCACCGAGUUCUUCGACCCAGCGCGAUACAAGGGCACACCAAGUGCCGUUCUUUCCACCUGGCUUGUAUCAUUCCGCCAGAUUCUUAAAACGGACCCUAGAGCAGCAGAUUUGCUUAUGUUCAUGGCCUGGGUUGAACCUCGAGCUAUUCCACGUUCGAUGCUGCCUGGCUUUGAUGAAAGUAAAGAAUUCGAAGACGCAAUAGGUACGCUGUGCGGCUAUAGCUUUGUCUCACAGAGAGAGGAUGAUCAGCUUCUCGAUAUGCACCGCUUGGUCCAUUUGGCAACCCACUCCUGGAUCAAACUGCAAGGCAGGACGGAACAGACAACUGACAAAGCGGUGAUACAAAUGAGUUCGCUCUUGGCGGAUCCGCGACCAAGUCAGUCUGCUUCUUUGCGGCCUUUCUUGCCACAUGGGCUGAGAUUGUUGGGUCAAUGUCAAACAAGUCCUCUGAUCCAGCACUUUCUCCUGCGCUGUAACAUUAGCCUGGUCUUACUACAACAAGGGCGCGAUAUAGAGGCACUGACAUACAUUCUGGAAGCUGUGGAUGGGGCGAAAGAAUAUCUGUCUCCGUCCGCAGAUUUCGAACUCAAGUUGUGCAAAGAGUUCAACCUUGCUUCUAUAUAUCAGAAGCAUGGUCUCAAGGAGACGAUUGAAAUCCUUGAGCAUCGUGUCUCGCUCCAGGAACAAACACUAGCUGAAGACGACUUUAAUCGCCUAAUGUCAGAGUCGCACCUAGCUACUGCAUAUAAAAAAGCUGGCUGUUCCAGUAAGGCAAUUGAUAUUCUUGAGCAUAUUGUCUCGGUUCAAAAACAAACGCUACCUGAAGAUGAUCAUCUUCGCCAAGAAUCCGCGACAAUGCUUGCUUUCUCAUAUAUGGAAUGUGAUCGUUUCAAGGAGGCAAUUGAUAUUCUCAAGCACAUCGUUUCUGCCUAUAGACAAACCCUAGCUGAAGACGAACAUAUUCGCCUGCAAUCAGAGGUGGUGCUUGCUCUCGCAUAUCUGCAUAGUCAUCGCACCAAGGAGGCAACUGAUCUUCUUGAGAAAUUGGAUUUCAUCAAGAAGCAGACGACAGAUGAAGAAGAUCCUGAUCGCCUAUUAUUAGGGCUGCGCCUCGCGCAUGCAUAUUUAGUUGGGGACUGGUCUAAAGAGGCUGCAGCUUUGCAAGCUCCCGUCUCA